AUGCCGAGCAAGCUAUCAGAAGACUCAGAGAUCGACCAUGACGACGAUCCAGACAUGCCCGCAGGCCCGCCACUCUCCGAGAUCACGGACAUCACAGCCACCGAUCCAAUAGCUAUUCUCAAGUUCAGCCAGGAGGCUCUCAAUGUUUGGGCCUUCCCCAAGAAGCGUAAGGGUAUCACCAGCACGGAACAAGGCGCUCGCAUCAUCAAUGUUUUCAAGGGUCUCAUAGUCCGGAGAAGCUACGCAUCCACACUGAACGGAAGAAGACUCGACAAAGAUCUGCCAAGCGUCCAACGCAUGGUGUUCGAAUGCGAGUAUAGCCCUCAGGAACGUCAACACUACGACGCAGCGUAUGCGGAUAACUACAAGAUUAAGAAACUAAAGGAGUUCCGUGAAAAGAAUGGCGAUGCUCGCCGAAUUCUGAGAGAUCUGCGAGCAACCCAGAUCCGUAAGGGUCUUCCGAAAGACAUGCAAGUCACAGUUCCCGAAGCCGGCGAUACUCAAGUAAUUCUCCAACGCCAUGACACAGGCUAA